UCUAGGACAUUCAUUCGCGGCAUGCCGGCUGUGAGUUGAAAGGAUCAGGUUUCCUCAUACUUAGGAGGAAGGGAGGUCAUCAGACUAGACGCGAGAGAGAGAGAGAGAGAGAAAAAAAAGAGAGAACAACCUUACGAAACUCGUCUCGUGAGAAAUUUAGAGUAAACCCUUGUCCGGUGCCCCUGUCCCUUUAUUCGCGAAAUGAUCGUUUGAGCCGCGCGCCUAAGAGCAAACUUCAGUCGAUGACCACGUGCUUUCGCGCGAAGCAGUCUUCCGCGUGUCCGCGAUUCGAGUGCUCGUGUUUGUUGUCGUCGCGUCGGCGUUAAUUAAGAAAAUCGAUAGUUUAAUCCGCGCGUCUCGCGUUUAGCGUCAUCGCAAUCCCGUCGUAAUCUGUUCGAGUCAAAUUUGCGUAGCCCACGAUCGCGAGAUAUGUCAUUCGUUCGCAAGUACUUUAAGAGGACGCCGAUCUACGUGGUCGAGGAUCAUGACGAGGUUUUACCGUUCGUAUAUCGGUGUCUGGGAUCAAAGCACCUGCCUUUCCAAAACAACACCUUCGUACAUCUGGAUUCGCAUCCCGAUAUGUUGAUACCCAAAGAGAUGCCGGCCGAUACAGUCUGGGAUAAGAAUCAAUUGUUCAACGAGAUCAGCAUCGAGAAUUGGAUUUUGCCUGCCGUGUACGCUGGUCAUCUCAAGAAUCUCAUCUGGGUGAAACCACCGUGGGCUAAUCAGAUGUCCGAUGGCGUGCUGACGUUUCUCAUCGGCAAGCAUAAGGACAACGGUUUGAUAAGAUUGACCUGUCCCGAACCGUACUUUCUUAGCGAGGGUUUGUACGCAACUCCAGAAGAGCUUGAAAAUACUCGCGAGGUCACUCUGCAUGUGAUAACGAUUGGAGUUUUCAUCGAAGAUUCAGCAAAGAAAGAUGACUUUACAUCCGUCAGCUCGAUGUUACGUCAAUAUCUACCGGAAAAGGAUACUCCGUACAUCUUGGACAUUGAUCUCGACUUUUUUAGUACUAAAAACCCCUUCAAAAAUCUUCAUGAACGCGUAAACCUCUACGACAAGUUGGCUCCAUUGUUUACAUAUAAGAGAGCGGAAUCAAAUGAUCCUGAGAUUCUGAAAGACUCGAUGAUAGAAAGGAACGAGCAGCUCUCUGAAUUGAAGAAUCUUUUCGGCCAUUUGGAAGAACAUCGUUCGUUAAAAGGUUACGAUGGCCCGAAGACAUCACGAUACGAAGCUGUGAAUCGUCUUUUUCAAGAAGUAACGAGCGCCUACAGAGACUCGGAGAUUGAUUGGAUGCUAGUGUACAAUGCAGGUUGCACUAUAGAUGAUACGACUCUACCCGAACAUGUGACAGAGCCCAAUGAUCUCGAUCGCUUGAUUAAUGGGACAUUUAGACUGUUUUUGGCGGCUCUUCCCACACUUCCAACAAUUGUCACCAUAGCUAGAUCUAGCGAGGAUGAUUAUACUCCUCUCGAAAACGUCGAUCAAAUUCAAGUUGACGUUCUCGAUCAACUUCGCGAACGAUUGGGAUCGGAAAUAGAUGUUAAAUUGAUUUAUCAAGAAAAUGAGGAACAACAGUAAGUCUUAAAAAGAAAUGUUUCUCAUAUACUAUUAUCUUAAAAUUAUAAUUUGUCAAACAAAAGUAUAUUUAUCCAACAUGGAUUUUAUACAACUCUCUCUAUAAUUAUGUAAGCGUAUAUCACUUUGCAUACAGGAAUUAUAACAUUAUAUCAAUAAUUAUUAAUAAUUAUAAGUAAAAAAUCGAUAGGUAGAUGUUGUCGGUCAUUAUUCGACGAGU